CGGUUAAUCGAGUCAAGCUUGAUGGACGAAAGGAAUAUCAAGGAGCGCAAAGAUUGUCGUUGGGUGCAAUUGAAAAGAUCACUUGGUCGAGGUCAACUGACGUUGGCUCCCGAAUUAUUGCAAGUUCACUCGGGCACCCGAUGGAUCAUCGUUACCGUAAUAAAACAAGCAAAACAAGCGAACAG